UUUAGAUUUGGCAAUGCGUGGUUUCUUGGCCAUUGUAUUUUCAUCUCCCACAUUGCAGAUGCCGCCAUCUAUACAUAUGUGAAAAACCCCAUCGCGUUGUAUUUGUUCACUAUCGAUAGUGGAUAAAAAAUAUCGAUGGUGGCGCAGAAAUGUAAAUAUUCGAUACCUCGAUAGUGCCAUCGAUAGUUUGCCAGCUCUAUUCUGCGCUAAUUUUUAUUCUUGUUUUGUUUUCCUUUUGAAGUUAACUGCAGAUUAAGUAAAUAAUAUUUUACUCCAUUUUGAUGUUAAACCCACUCACAAGAUAUUGGGGAAAUUGAUUCAACUGGCCAAAGUAAGGUGUAAUUGAGCGGUAAUCGCGUAAAGAAUUGCAGAGGACCACGCCGACUCUGGACCAUUUCUUUUUUUUUUUGCCAUUAUGGCCAUCAUCAUCAGAGUCAGCUAAUACAUGACCUUGGAACUUGCCUGCGUCGUUCAGGCUUACAGAUGACGAAAUUGCUAACUUAAAUAGCGAUUGUAACAAAAAACAAAACCUCUUAUUGGAUAUUUAUUAUUGUAAAAGAAAGUUGCAAAAAUGAGCGGGCCAAGCAGUGCAAAUCCCGCAGCUAGCCAAGAUGCCUGCUAUAUAUCACUGUUGGGUCUGGCGGAGUAUUUCCGUACCUCCCAACCCCCGAAUAUCAAGAAAUGCAUUCAAUGCCUGCAGGCGCUUUUUACGUUUACGCCGCCAUCAAAAGUGGAGGCACGUACCCAUUUGCAAAUGGGACAAAUUCUGAUGGCCUACACCCGAAACAUUGAUAUGGCUCGACAGCAUUUGGAGAAGGCAUGGAAUAUUUCGGAAUCUUUAAUGAAUUUUGAUGAUGUGAAAUUCGAUACGGCAUCGUUGUUGGCCCAGUUACAUCUGCAGACAGAGCCAAGUUCAAAUGCAGCCAAGGCCAUGCUUCGACGAGCAGUGGAAUUAUCACAGAACAAUGUCUAUUGGCAUUGCAAACUAUUGCUGCAAUUGUCCCAGAUACAUGCAAGCGAUCGAGAAUACUCAUCUGCCUCCGAACUGCUGGCUGUGGGCGCAGACUCAGCCGAAGAGGCCGGAGCAACAUAUUUAAAGGUAUUAUUCCUACUAUCACGCGCAAUGAUCCUAAUGAUUGAACGGAAAACCAAUGAUGUUUUGGCCCUACUCAAUUCGGCUGGACAGAUUAUUGAUAAUAAUAUACCCAAUCCACAUCAAAAGGAAUAUCUUAAGGUAUUCUUUUUGGUCCUACAAGUUUGCUAUUAUUUGGCCCUGGGCCAAGUGAAGACAGUGAAGCCAAGCCUAAAGCAAUUACAAAUGUCCAUACAAACGAUAAUGGCACCAAAUUGGCCAUCAGAUGAUACGAUCUUUGGUUCAAAUCAAUUGGAAAUGUUUGUAUGGCUACCGAAAGAGCAAUUAUAUGUAUUAGUCUAUCUGGUGACAGUUUCCCAUUCCAUGAUGGCUGGCUAUAUGGAUAAGGCGCAAAAGUAUACAGAGAAAGCAUUGACACAAAUUGAAAAACUAAAGCUACAAGAGGACAAGCCCAUAUUGUCGGUCUUCAAGGUAAUACUGCUCGAGCAUAUAGUAAUGUGUCGCAUGGUCAUGGGUAAUCGGGAGUUGGCAAUUCGUGAAAUAGCCGCAGCACGCGAUGUCUGCCUCGCGGCGCCGCAGCGCAGGAGUCUUCUGAAAAGGCAUUCGGCCCAAUUGCAUUGCCUCAUUGGUUUGUAUGCCAUGUCCACCAGUUUCUUUGAUCAUGCCGAGCGACAGUUCCUUGUAUGCGUCAGCGAGACCACCGAAAGAGAUUUGAAACUCUUUGCAAAUCUUAAUUUGGCCAUUAUCUAUUUGCGUACCAAGCGCGAGACGGAUUUGAAGCAAAUUUUGGAUGCUGUCUCCACGGAGAAUACCCACACCUACAGCAGUCAAGCCCUUAUGGGUGGCUUCUAUUAUGUCCAGGGUCUUCAUGCAUUUCAUAAAAACAGCUUUCACGAAGCCAAACGCUUCCUGCGUGAAACUCUUAAAAUGGCCAACGCAGAGGAUUUAAAUCGUUUAACGAGUUGCUCUUUGGUCUUACUAUCGCAUGUCUUUCUUAGCAUAGGCAACUCCAAGGAGAGCAUGAAUAUGGUAACUCCAGCUAUGCAAUUGGCCAGUAAAAUACCCGAUAUACAUGUCCAACUUUGGGGCUCGGCAAUAUUGAAGGAUCUGCAUCGUAUGUCCAAGGAUGCGCAGCAUGAAAAAGAAGCCUAUGCGAAUCAUGUGAAAUAUUCCGAGAAUUUAAUAGCCGAUCAAAGGAAAUGUGUUCAAAGCUCGCAUCAUGAAUUGGUCAAUUGGUUUCAUGGUGAUCCACCGAUCACAACGGGUGCACCUUUAACUUUACCAGUGAUUCCAGAAGCAAUCAAUAAUCCUGUCACACCGUUAACGCCAUCAUCAGCAGCAGUAGCCGCCACCGCCGGUGCCGCCGCCUCCACGACGCCAAUGACUCAAACAAAUGUGGCCGUGGCAUCUACCUCAGCUUUGCAGCCCCCAGUGGGUGCUGUUGCAGGGCAAUUCGGACAAUUCUAUUAGAACAACAACAGCAACAACAAAGUGAAUUUAAUAUAAGAUAUUUUUCAUUGUGUAAACUACAAAUUACUCGUACAACUAUUUUUUAGUAUAAGUUAAAAGCUAAAAAAACUUAAAAUUAAACAUUUUUAUCCUUAAUUUAAAAAUAAUUCCCACAGGGAAAACAACACCUACAGAAAGAAACACGAGUCCAAGUUAGAGGAAAAUCGGGGUUUGUUUUAAAUUGCAAAUAUAAUAUAUAUACCUACUA